UGUUUGUCAGUUCUGUGACAGGCACACAGUCGCUCUGCUGCUGUUUACUAAGAGAAUACCAAUGCCAAGUGACAGCUCCCCCAGAAGCCAGCUGGAUUGAAACCCACUGUAGGUACAGUGCACGCUUCAGACAAGGAGAGACACACACUGGGAUAGCAGAGGAAGCUGCACAGUGCGAAAUACAUCACAGCGCUUGAAGGACAGCAAGGUGACGGAAGCCCUCUUUUCCCAAUCUCUUCUUUUCCUCGAUAUUUCACGAUGGAACUAAGACAAUAUUUGGGGGUCACCUCUGCAAGAACGCUAUUUUAUCUCUAAUUUGAUUAUACAGAGCAGGGGAAUUCUCUUAUUGGUUUAAUAUUAGAAUACUGACUGCUAUUUUUUCGGUCAACUUGAUUAGAACCAGUUUGAAAGUAAUACCUUUUUGAUAUUGCUUCCUCUAAUUGUGUGAACUUAUCUGCUGGUAGAGAUGUCAGUAUUGCUGGGGUGUGUGCCAUCCUCAAACCUUUUUGCAUCUAAGGUAUGAACCACUGAGGGAUUGAAGGAUUGUGGCUAUCUCUACAUAGUUAAAAAGAUAUUUUUAAAUUCUUUCAAAACGUCAACGCCUGCUGUAUUUUCGGCGCCGUUUGGGAAUUUCGUUUUUUUUUUUUUUUUUUGAUGGGUUAGGAGCCUUAGAAGCAACUGGUCCCAAACAUGGCGGCUUUAGCGAGCUCCCUCAUUCGGCAGAAGCGCGAGAUCAAGGACGCUCCGGCAAACAGACCCAUCGCUGCGAAGAGGAAAGCAUGCCCUCGAACCAACAAGUCUCUGUGCCAGAAGCAGAUUCUCAUUCUCAUCUCCAAAGUGAGGCUGUGUGGUGGAAGAAGAGGGAGGCUGGAGAAGCGACCAGAGCCCCAACUGAAGGGCAUCGUCUCCAGGCUGCACUGUCAGCCCGGCUUCUAUCUGCAGAUGAAUCUGGAUGGCUCAAUGGAUGGGACCCGUGAUGAGGGCAGCUCCUCCUCUCUGUUUAACCUCAUUCCUGUCGGGCUGCGCAUUGUGGCUAUCCAAGGCACCAAGACUGGACUCUACAUCGGCAUGAACAGCGAAGGGUACCUCUACACCUCAGAACACUUCACCCCGGAGUGCAAGUUCAAAGAGGGCGUGUUUGAGAAUUACUUUGUGACCUACUCCUCCAUCCUGUACCGGCAGAGAGAAUCAGGCAGGGCCUGGUAUAUCGGGAUCAACCGCGAGGGUCAAGUGAUGAAGGGCAACCGAGUCAAGAAGAACAAAGCAGCCGCCCACUUCCUGCCUAAACUCAUUGAAGUGGCGAUGUACCGCGAGCCUUCUCUACAUGAGCUGGCUGAGCAGAGCCCCCAGAGAAAGACAGCCAAGACAGCAGACUCCCCGGCGCUGCAGAACGGACGCAAGGAGCCGGCCAAGAGCAAGGGCUCAUAGCGAGGGGGAGUGGGGCAAGA